CGGGCAGCAGCUGCGCGUCUGUUCCCGAGGCCCCGCCCUCCGGAUGACGCAACAAUCACUCCGCGCCUGCUCACAGUCUCCAGAUGGACGGUGUUUGCCUUUCCGCUCGGUGCUGAAGUGAGUCCGUCUGCGGGAUCGGCAAAGGCUUAUCGCCUCCUGGGUCGGGGCGCCGGGCGUCGGGAUCACUGUCUGCGGGCCGAAGAUAUCACUUUCCCAUCGCUGUUCCUUACCUGCUGAGCGUUUCUGGAAAUUCCAGUUUCUUUUUAUUACAUUCACCCUGGACUGGUUUAUAUUUCCUGAAAUGGACCUGUUUUAAUCUGGGAAUGGAAUUGGCUUGUUCUGUGACAGUAGAACAGUAAAGAAAGCACAACUUUUCCCUGUAAAUUAUACAGUCAGAUCUGCAGUGAGAGAUUUAUUAGAAGAAAAACCCCAACUGGAAGCAAACCACGACUGAAGACGAGGGAACAGCAACAAGUGAACCAGCCCGAGGAUUGAGAGCAUCAACUGGAGAGAACCCAUCUGACUCGGAGAAUCUAGUGAUUCAGUCAGGAGAAAGUUUGGUCAUCACAUGACCUCACGCUGGCGGGAAAAUUACAUUAUGUGACCUCACACUGGCAGGAAAUUACAGCACCCCACCAUCCCAAGACAAUUACAUCAUGGUCAUAAGACAGUCACAAGAUACCACGAAGUUAAAAAUGACAAGGAGUUUGUCUACAGGAAUCUCGAACACAGCACGCCAGUUUUGCUGUCUCUGUCCAGAUAUUUAAGAAGUGGAGCAAGGGAUUCACUCGAUCAUCCUUCCUGCUCAGACUGUGGGGAGGGAUUCACUCGAUCAUCUGACCGACUGCCACACCCGUCAUUUUACACAGGGGGGAACCCGUUCAUCUGCUCAGACAGUGGGAAUGGAUUCAGUCGGUCAUCUCAACUGAAGGUACAUCAGCAAGUUCACACUGGACAAGGCCAUUCACCUGUUCUGUGUGUGAGAAGGGAUUCAGUCGGUCCUCCCACCUGUGGAUACAUGGGUCAGUUCACACUGGGCAGAGGCUGGUCAUCUGCUGAAUUUCUAGGGAAGGAUUCACUCGGUCAUCUGACCUAAUGGCUCACCAGAGAGUUCACACCAGGGAGCAGCCGUUCACCUGCUCAGACUGCGGAAAGGGAUUCACUUACCCAUCUAAACUGAAGGUACAUCGGCGAAUUCACACUGGGGAGAGGCCUUUCACCUGCUCAGUGUGUGGGAAGGGAUUCGCACGGUCAUCCCACCUACUGAUACACCAGUCAGCUCACACUGGUGAGAAGCCGUUCACCUGCUCAGACUGUGGGAAGGGAUUCACUUGCUCAUCCCAACUGAAGGUACAUCAGCGAGUUCACACUGGGGAGAGGCCGUUCACCUGCUCAGACUGUGGGAAGAGAUUCAGUUGCUCAUCUCAACUGAAGGUACAUCAGCGAGUUCACACUUCGGAGAGGCCAUUUACCUGCACAGAAUGUGGGAAGGGAUUCACUCGGUCAUCCGACCUAUUGAGACACCAGUCAGUUCACACUGGGGAGUGGCCGUUGACCUGCUCAGACUGUGGGAAGGGAUUCACUCGGUCAUCUAAACUGAAGGAACAUCAGAGAGUUCACACUGGGGAGAGGCCGUUCCCGUGCACAGACUGUGGGAAAGGAUUCACUCAGUUAUCUCACCUGCUGAGACACCAGUCAGUUCACACUGGGGAGAGGCCGUUCACCUGCUUAGACUGUGGGAAGGGAUUCACUUGCUCAUCUCAACUGAAGGUACAUCAGCGAGUUCACACUGGAGAGUGGCCGUUCACCUGCUCAGAGUGUGAGAAGGGUUUCACUCAGUUAUCUCAACUGAAGGUGCAUCAACGAGUUCACACUGGGGAGAGGCCAUUCAGCUGCUCAGAGUGUGGGAAGGGUUUCACUCAGUUAGCUAGCCUACAAGCACACCAGUCAGUUCACACUGGGGAGAGGCCAUUCACCUGCUCGGACUGUGGGAAGGGAUUCAUUUGCUCAUCUAAACUGAAGGUACAUCAGCGAGUUCACACUGGGGACAGGCCAUUCACCUGCUCAAACUGUGGGAAGGGAUUCACUCAGUCAUACCACCUACUGGUACAUCAGUCACUUCACACUGGGGAGCGGCCGUUCACCUGCUCGGACUGUGGGAAGGGAUUCACACGGUCAUGUGAACUGCAGAGCCACCAGCGAGUUCACACAGGGGAGAGGCCCACCAACUGCACGGACUUUGGGAAGAGUUUCUCUCAGCCAAAUCAACCAAAUGUGCAUCACUGAGUUCACACAGGGGAGAGGCUGUUCACCUGCUGUGAAUGUGGGAAGCGAGUCACUCAGUCAUCUAACCUUACGUAGCCCUAGCUUCAGCUAGCAGCUUAAUAUAGCGGGUGUUAGCCCCCCAGCCCGGCCAAACUUAAGAAACCUCAUUUUGGUGGACCCGGCGCAAUGUGUCCCCUGUUACAAAUCAGUACCCUGAAAUAACAAACAGUACACAAUAUGUGAUUACACAGUUGAGCUUUAUAAUUCUUGCUUUGACUGUAGGGUUAGUGAAGUAAACAGAAACAAAAGCAAAAGGGCCCACUCUCUACAUUCACAUCUUCUCAUCUCUCCCCAGCAAAAGACCAUGAAAAUCUCUCUUCCAGGCUCACAAGAAAGAACAUAUCUGUCAUUGGAUAGCCCCGCACUCCAAAACCCUGUUAUCUCCAGUUGUAAUCUAAACAUUGCUGCUACAGAGAAACCAUUACCUCCGCACUGAAACAUUACAGAGAGGCCAUUACAUGAGCAGUGAAACCUUACAGCAUGUUAAAGUUGUGACACACUACCGGGUUCACACUGGGAGAAUGUUUCAAUAAGCUGCAUGCUGGAUAUUUGUCCAUCACCGUUGCUGAUGUAAUUUCGAGAGUGACUGUCGGUGCUGAACUCUGCAAUUAUUGCUGCUGCUCACCACACCCAGUUCUGUACCCUGGCCACUGGGCAUGGGAGGAGUUUCUUCUGCUGCACAUUCACCUUUAAUGGGACUGGAGUUUAAUAUUCUGGAUCUGAGACAAAUAAAUCAGUUUUAUUUUAAACUCUGUCUCUGGUACUUAGUGAAUUUAUAACACACUAGUGUACAGUAGAGAGUUAACUCAGGCUGGCUGGACCCUGCCAGUGAUUCCGUUCGAUGACAGUCCUUUUAAAUCCUCCCCUGUUGUUCAUCUCUCGCUCUCCCUGUGGUGAUGGGUUCCAAACAGUCACCACUCUGUGGGUGAAGAGGUUUCCCUUGAAUUCUCUGCAGACUGAAGAAGUCGAGCUGACUGUGGUUCUGUCUGAGAUGUUCUUCACACCUCUAUUUUCUGGGCUGAGGAAGAAUCACUUCAUUAGGAUGUAUCUGCCAUGCACCUCCCGAAUUGCUCCCGGAAACUCCACCCAUUGCUGCUCCAUCGUCAUUCCUACCAGAUUCCCCUUCCAGUCAAGUUUGUCCAGCUUCUCUGUCAAAGAAGCAUGGAGAAGUUAAGUGUAGAAACAGGCCAUUUGUCCCAUCUGGACAAUGCUGAAAACAUUUAAGCUGUCUGAUGCAAUGACCUGCACCGGGACCAUAGCCCUCCAUACCCCUACCAUCCAGGUACCUAUCCAAACUUCUCUUAAAUGGUGAAAUCGAGCUCACAUGCACCAUUUGUGCUGGCUUCUCAUUCCACACUCACAAUCAAUUCAGUGAAGAGGUUUUCCACAUGUUCCUGUUAAAUUUUCGUUAAAUAUGGAAGCCACUUACCAUGACCUCUUGUUGUCAUCCCACCCAACAUCAGUGGAAAAAGCUGCUUGCAUGUACUUUAUCUAUAUCUUAAUAAUUUUGUAUACUUCCAACAAACCCUCAAAGCAAUAUAUAAUUUCCUUGUUUAUGCUUAGAUCCUUUUUCGGUGUUUUCGAUGAUGCAGGGCAUUGAUUGUGUGGAUAGCCAAAAGCUUUUCCCAGGGCUGAAAUGGAUAACACGAGGGGGCAUAGUUUUAAUGUGCUUGGAAAUAGGUACCGAGGGGAUGUCGGGGUAAACUUUAUACACAGAGUGGUGGGUGUGUGGAAUGCACUGCCAGCAGCGAUGGUCGAGGCAGGUACAGUAGGAUCUUUUAACAGCCUUUUGGGUAGGUACUUGGAGCUUAGAAAAAUAGAGGGUUAUAGAGAAAUAGAGGGCUAUGUGGUAGGAAAAUUCUCGGCAGUUUAUAGAGUACGUUACAUGGUUGGAACAACAUUGUGGGCUGAAUGGCCUGGAAUAUGCUGUAGAUUUCUAUGUUCUAUGUUGAACAGCGAAAUAACUUUGGCUAUCCUCUGAUAACUCUCCCGUCACAAAGGAUGAUUUAAUUAUCUCUGCUAGGGCCUGACAAUUUCUGCAGUUGCCUCCCGUAGGGUCCGAGGGAGCAGCUUGUUAUGUCCUGGAGAUUUAUCCACCCUAAUCUGCCUCAGGAUAGCAAACAUCUCCUCUGCUUUAAUCUGUACAGGGUCCACAAUUUUAAUGCCACUUUUCCACACUCACAUGGACCCUGUGUCCAUCUCCUGAGUAAAGAGGGAUGAAAAAAAUAUUUAAGAUCGCCCCAUCUGCUUUGGUUCCACAUGUAGAUUGCCAUUCCUGUCUUCCGGAGGGCCAACUUUAUGCUUUGCAAUCCUUUUGCUCUCAAUCUAUCUGUAGAAUCCCUGAGGAUUAUCCUUCAUCUUUUCUGCAAGGGCAAUCUCAUGCCUUCUUUUCGCCAUCCUGAUUUAUUUCUUACUUGUUCUCUUGCAUUUCUUGUAUUCCAUAAGAAUCUACCUGCCUAUCCCUGUUAUGCAACUCCAUUUUGUGCUUCACCAGGGUCUCAAUAUCUCUUGAAAACCAAGGUUCCCUACAGUUUCUAUCUUUACCUUUUAUUCUGACAAGCACAUACCUGCUUUGUACUUUCAAAAUUUCAUUUUGAAGGCUUCCCAUUUACCAAGCACACCUUUGCAAUAAAGCAACCUGUCCCAGUCCACAGUUGCCAGAUCCUAGUGUCAUAAUUCCAGGUGUUGAUCCAUGCUGUGAACACAUCUGCCUUUCCUAGGCUGCUCCUUGUAUUGAAAUAUGCAGGAUUGAGCAUAUUCACUGCACCAUGCUCAACUUUUUCAUUCCUGACUUGUCUGAGGACUGAACAACAUCUGUCUCCACAACCCCUCCACUAUCUGUUCUGUUAUUCAGGCUCCCAUUCCCCCUGCAACUUUAGUUUAAACAUCCCCCCCUACCCCCACCUCCCACCAUGCAGCUCCAUCACCCCUUUGGCUUUCAUCUCCCAGAUCAAUAAAAAG